CGUGAGCUGUGCGCACUGCGGUUCUCACCCUCGGGAGGAAGUUCCGUUAUCUCUGCUCGUAAAGAAGCUUUGGCUUUUGGCAGCUGGUUUGUUCAGUGCUUUCCCUCGGUUGAGCAUCUCACUAUCAGCAAAAGUGCAGUGAAAGCGCGCAGCUGAGAACAAACGCAUGCGUACUUACGCACCACUUGACUUCCAUCCACUGCACUACUUCUGAGCAAAAUUUCAGGUGUUGGAUUUUUUAAACUGUUACUCCUGUUCCUCUACAAUGAAAGCAGUGAGCAGUCUUCUCGUCCUGUGGUCGUGCACUCUGGUGCAGGAAUGGUCAGUAUGCACUGCUGAGGAACAAAACUCGUCACCAACAAAAAGUGUGAAUCCUUGUUGCUACUACCCCUGUCAGAACCGGGGAAUUUGUAUGAGAUAUGGACUAGACCGCUACCAGUGUGACUGCACCAGAACUGGGUACUAUGGGGAAAAUUGCACUACCCCUGAGUUCUGGUCCAGAGUCUGUGAGCUCAUGAAGCCAAGUCCUGAUGUUAUCCACUACAUCCUGACCCAUUUUCACUGGAUAUGGAGCCUUAUCAAUAAAACCUUCCUGAGGGACUGGCUCAUGUAUAAGGUCCUCACAGUGCGAUCAGACCUGAUUCCCAGCCCUCCUACCUAUAACUCAAAGUAUGGCUACCUAAACUGGGAGUCAUAUUCCAAUACCACUUAUUACACCCGAAUCCUGCCUCCAGUGCCACUGGACUGUCCAACACCUAUGGGUACCAAAGGAAAAGUGGAGCUUCCUGAUCCCAAGCUGUUGGUGGAGAAGUUCUUAUUGAGGCGGGAAUUCAGGCCAGACCCCCAGGGUACAAAUUUAAUGUUUGGUUUUUUCGCUCAGCACUUCACUCACCAGUUCUUCAAAACACACAAUCGGAUGGGGCUUGGCUUUACCAAAGGCCUAGGCCAUGGGGUGGAUGCUGGACAUAUCUAUGGAGAUAACCUUGCACGGCAGCUGAGUCUUAGACUUCACAAAGAUGGGAAGCUGAAGUACCAGAUGAUAAAUGGAGACAUGUACCCACCUACAGUGGCAGAGACCAACGUGAACAUGCACUACCCUGCGUUAGUUCCACCAGAAAAGCAAAUGGCUAUUGGCCAUGAGGUGUUUGGCCUGUUGCCAGGGUUAAGCAUGUAUGCCACCCUGUGGCUCCGUGAACACAACCGUGUAUGUGACAUCUUAAAGAAAGAGCAUCCCACCUGGGGAGAUGAGCAACUCUUUCAGACCACCAGACUUAUCAUUAUAGGUGAGACUAUCCGGAUAGUGAUCGAAGAUUAUGUACAGCACCUAAGUGGCUACCAGCUAAAGCUGAAGUUCGACCCGUCCCUGCUCUUCAGUUCCCGGUUCCAGUACCAGAACCGCAUUGCCGUGGAGUUUAAUCAGCUUUACCAUUGGCAUCCACUCAUGCCCAACAGCUUCUUCAUUGACGGAACCGAGAUCUCCUACUCUGACUUCAUGUUCAACACCUCCACGCUCACUCACUAUGGAGUGGAGAAACUGGUGCAGGCUUUCUCAACUCAGCCAGCAGGACAGGUUGGAGGUGGACGUAAUAUAGCACACGUAGUGGCCGGAGUAGCUGAAGGAGUCAUUAAAGAAUCUAGGCAACUUCGGCUCCAGCCAUUUAAUGAGUACCGCAAAAGAUUUAACCUGAAACCAUACAAAUCAUUCUUCGAAUUUGCAGCUGAUAAGGAGAUCGCCCGCGAGUUGGAAGAGCUCUAUGGAGACAUUGACGCUAUGGAGUUUUAUCCGGCUUUGUUGCUAGAGAAGACACGGCCUGGUGCCAUAUUUGGACAGAGCAUGGUAGAAAUGGGGGCUCCAUUUUCCUUAAAAGGUCUUAUGGGAAACCCCAUAUGUUCACCCGAGUACUGGAAGCCCAGCACGUUUGGAGGUCAAACUGGCUUUGAUAUUGUCAACUCUGCUACUCUGCAAAGACUGGUUUGUCUGAAUACUAAGUGGUGUCCAUAUGUAUCCUUCCAUGUUCCCCCACCAGGUUAUCAGCAGAAAAAAUCAGUUGACUCUCAUGCUGAGUUGUAGCUAAAAUAAAGAUGUGAUAGAAUUAGAGAGGCUAGAACCAGACUGUCUGGAAUGCUGCACCAAAUAUGUGUUUACACAGUCGGCUGACUUAAUACAUUAAUGACAUAAUUAUAUUUAACUACUGUAUUGAUAUCUGCUAUAAUUAGUGCACUGGGCUGAAUAUCAUGAUAUGAAUUAGGCGUAUCUCUUUACUUGCAGCAACCUCAUUGAAUAAGGCUGUGUUUUAUAUGUUCUUAAAGCCCCAGGGAACUUAAACGUGCAUUGUAAUUAGGUUAAUGUUGGUAAUAAGGGCACAAAUAAGUAGUAUGAGUUAUAAUAUCACCAAUCACAAGGUUGAUGUUGCUUGUUCCUCUGACAAAACUAUAUAUUUAUAGACUCCGAGCAACCGAGUGAGAGAAAGUCAGCUAGUCAGCAACAGCUAAAUGUUAAAAUAUCGUUCUUUGUACUCCCUGGGACAUUAAUGAAUGUCUCACAGCGUAACUACACAAAAGAAAACAGAACAGUGAUAAAUGUUUACAUAUCUGACACAAUGUAAUGUAUCGUAAUGACACUUGGGCAUAAAAGAACAUGACCUUGGGACCAGCAUCCUUAAUGCUCUAGCACAAUACAAUCUUUGUAAGGUGCGAAUAUUACCCUGAAGCAGCAGAAUAUCAUCUAUACUCCUUUGUAGUGGUGGUCAGUUGUGUCACACACUCACCAGCCACAUUAAUAGGCAUACCCCUUGCUCAUACAUGUAGUUAUUCAAUCAUGUGGCAGCAAUGCAUAAAAUCAUGCAGAUAUACACAGGCUACAACAGCAGAAGACUGUCUGGGUGUGAGAAAAGAGAAAAAACAAGCAGUUCUCAGUCUUGAAUGUUAACAAGGGGAAUUUUGGAUUCAUGCCCAGUAUUGGCAAAUAAUGUCGUUAUUAUCGGAAUUUGUAUCAAUGAGUCCUGUAACUUGCAAUCAGUGUUCUGCCCAGUCAUGCACUAAAGCACCCAGUCAAUGUACUAAGGUGUGGGAUAUUGAAAGGUGUUGUUUGAUGUGGGAUGUUUAUUACAGUAAAUGAUCUUUCUGAAGCACUGGUUUAAGAUUAAUUAAUAAGAGAUAAUAAUUUGUAGAAACUCAUCAUUUUUAACUGCUGCAGUUGUGAAUAAAGAAUAAGGAUCUACUUGUGAUCAUUGGACUGAAAAUGAGAAUAUGAAUUGAAAAUCAACAGGUUAUGACAGCAUAACUUGUUUCUGGAUUUUUGUUUGUUUAUUUGUUGUUUUUGUUUGCUAUUCUUAUUUCUCAUGUACCCAAUUGUGUUUUUUUUUUUUUAGAAUGAAAGGCUUUUCCUGAAAUAAAUGGAUAGACUGAUAGGUAAUUCUAUUAAUAAAAU